AAGCAGGCAGUCGGUCUGAGGCAGCAUUGUGAUUGCGGACGUCAGGCGGGAGAGAAGAUCGACAUACCAGCCGCGGUUUUUGAAAACAAGAAUUCACCGCAGCUGCACAAAUGGAGAAUGUGACAGGUGGUUUGCAGGACAACUCCAGUCGGUGCGAGUCCAUCGAUGACUUCCGUAACCAGGUCUACUCAACAGCCUACUCCCUCAUCACAGUUCUAGGCCUGGUUGGGAAUGGCUUUGCCCUGGUGGUGCUUAUCAGAACGUAUCGCCAGAGCUCGCCCUUUCACGUCUACAUGCUGAACCUGGCUGUGUCUGAUCUGCUGUGCGUUAUGACGCUGCCGCUGCGAGUUCUCUACUAUGUCAGAAAGGGAGACUGGCACGAGGGGGACUUUCUCUGUCGUAUCAGCUCUUACGCCCUCUAUGUAAACCUCUACUGUAGUAUUUACUUCAUGGCAGCUAUGUCUUUCACACGUUUCUUGGCUAUUGUUUUCCCUGUGCAGAACCUGCGGCUGGUGACAGAGAACCGUGCACGCCUUGUUUGUGGUGCUAUCUGGGUAGUGAUCUGUCUUUUAUCCUCACCCUUCCUGAUAUCUGGCCAGAAGUUUGAUCCGGUAACGAAUAAAACCAAAUGCUUCGAGCCACCUCCACCCGGGAAAAGCUUGAAAAAACUAAUCGCGCUGAACUAUGUGUCGCUGAUGGUGGGCUUUGUCCUGCCCUUUCUGGUCAUCAUACUUUGCUACGCUGGCAUAGUCCGAACCCUGCUUUCCCGCACCCACGCUGCCCGCCGUCAGCGGGGCACAGGCACCAGAGCCAUCCGGAUGAUUGUCAUCGUCCUGCUGACCUUUCUGGUCAGCUUCAUGCCUUACCACGUGCAGCGCACCGUGCACCUGAACUUUCUGUCUCGGGGGGACACUACCCACUGCGAGAACGUUUCCAUGCAGAAGUCGGUGGUGGUGACGCUGUGCCUGGCUGCUGCCAACUCCUGUUUCGAUCCGCUGCUUUACUUCUUCUCUGGGGAGGGUUUCCGCAACCGGCUGUCCUCGCUGCGCCAAUCCAUGAAGGCAAGCACCAUGCAACGCACAGACAGGCGAAAGCCCAUCACAGCUUCAGAGUCAGGGGAAAACCAACAGCUGAAGACCGGUUAAAUGGCACCACCAAGACAAGUUGUCAACGAGAACAUUUUAUCAGGCUUAGAGUGACUAGUGCUCUCACGCCGACAAAAGACAGAAGUUUAAAAAUGUUGACAGUUUUAAGUAUUUAAACAGAAUGUCUCCAGAGGAUGAUCCUCACGUAAGUUGAUAUUUAUUAUGUCAAAGUAUUUGUCAAAUAUUUAAGUGAUGUUAUGUAUUUCCAGUAUAAUGUAGCCUGUUGUGUUCUAAAGGUUGUGGUGUAAAUGCAAAUAUAUAUGUUAUGUCAGUGCAUGAAUGUAUUUAUAUGAUGGUGUAGUAGGCUAUGACUUUUUAUUUGAAGGCUCAAGAAGGUCAAGGUUCGAACUUUGUAACUUGCAUAUGAAGGGUUAACCUCUGCCUCAUGGUGAAUACUGUAGAAAGAGCAGUGUGGUAAAGACUGUAGGUAUUUACUUUCCUUUGUAAUUAUUCUACUUACUUUGAUUUCUGGUUUUUCAGUGCGAGUUAUCAUUUCCUGUCUUAGUUUAUGUGUUUUGGUUUACUAUGAGAUUUCUACACAUUUUGGACAUUUCUUUUUUUUUUUUAAAUGUAUAAAUAGUGAUAAAUAUUUCACAUUUUUUACAGUGUACUCUGGAGGAAGGUUUGUGGAUGUAGAGGGUACCUCUAAGCAAUAGUUGACAUUUUGGGAGAUUAAGAACGUACUCAUGUGAAACUGCAGCCAAAUGACUGGAAAGGGGAGUAAAUAGCUUGCAUGUUGCUCUCAGGUAACACAUCCACCUACAGGUGUCUGUAAGGCUCACUACUCAGUGCACAUAUUUAAUCCCUCUAAUGUUUACAGCUUUAGCUUUAUGCUGAAUUAAACAUCACUGUCACAUAGCAACAU